AUGAGGGAGAUACUGCAUCUGCAGGCUGGCCAGUGUGGCAACCAGAUCGGAGCCAAGUUCUGGGAGGUGAUAAGUGACGAACACGGCAUCGACCCAUCUGGGACAUACCAUGGAGACAACGACCUGCAGUUGGAGCGAAUCAACGUCUACUACAACGAGGCAACAGUGUACCUGUCAUCAUCAGGUGGGAAGUAUGUUCCUCGUGCAGUGCUGGUGGACUUGGAGCCAGGAACAAUGGACUCUGUGAGGUCUGGUGCUUUUGGCCAGAUCUUUAGACCAGACAACUUUGUCUUUGGCCAGAGUGGAGCAGGUAAUAACUGGGCUAAAGGCCAUUACACUGAGGGAGCCGAGCUGGUGGACUCUGUCCUGGAUGUGGUGAGAAAAGAAGCAGAGAGCUGUGACUGCCUCCAGGGCUUCCAGCUCACACACUCCCUUGGUGGAGGCACUGGCUCUGGCAUGGGCACGCUGCUUAUUAGCAAAAUCCGUGAGGAAUAUCCUGACCGCAUCAUGAACACUUUCAGCGUGGUCCCCUCACCCAAGGUGUCAGACACAGUGGUGGAGCCCUACAAUGCCACCCUGUCUGUCCACCAGCUGGUGGAGAACACAGAUGAGACCUACUGCAUUGAUAAUGAGGCCCUGUAUGACAUCUGCUUCCGUACACUGAAACUCACUACACCCACCUAUGGUGACCUCAACCACCUUGUCUCAGCCACCAUGAGCGGGGUGACCACCUGCCUGCGCUUUCCUGGCCAGCUCAAUGCUGAUCUGAGGAAACUGGCUGUGAACAUGGUGCCCUUCCCCAGGCUGCACUUCUUCAUGCCAGGCUUUGCUCCCCUGACCAGUCGUGGAAGCCAGCAGUACAGGGCACUGACAGUUCCUGAACUCACCCAGCAGAUGUUUGACGCCAAAAACAUGAUGGCUGCCUGUGACCCACGCCACGGUCGCUACCUUACUGUUGCCGCCAUCUUUCGGGGCCGCAUGUCCAUGAAAGAGGUGGACGAGCAGAUGUUGAAUGUGCAGAACAAGAACAGCAGCUACUUCGUGGAGUGGAUCCCAAACAACGUCAAGACGGCCGUCUGUGACAUCCCUCCCCGCGGCCUCAAGAUGUCCUCCACUUUCAUUGGCAACAGCACAGCCAUUCAGGAGCUGUUCAAACGCAUGUCAGAGCAGUUCACCGCCAUGUUCCGUCGCAAGGCCUUCCUCCACUGGUACACGGGCGAAGGUAUGGACGAGAUGGAGUUCACAGAGGCUGAGAGCAACAUGAACGACCUGGUGUCUGAGUACCAGCAGUACCAGGACGCCACUGCUGAGGAAGAGGGCGAGGGUGAGGAGGAAGGUGACGAGGAUGUGGCCUAAACAACAGUCAUGACCUGGUUCUUACUAUGCACAAGUUUAGGGGGUUUGAGACAAUAAAACAAUCUGACAAUUUAUUCAAAAUUUACUUUUAAAAUGUUAACACUCUUGCCUGUUUUGUGCUUCUUUGGACUUAUUGUUUCAAUAAAAAUGGUUAACUUCA